UGGUGGAGCCCAGCAAGUGCGCGCCCAAGACCUUCUGGGUGAACGAGGGCAAGCACGCCAAGUUCCGCUGCUACGUGAUGGGCAAGCCGGAACCCGAAAUCGAAUGGCACUGGGAGGGCCGCCCGCUGCUCCCCGACCGCCGCCGGCUCAUGUACCGCGACCGCGACGGCGGCUUCGUGCUCAAGGUGCUCUACUGCCAGGCUAAGGACCGCGGGCUCUACGUGUGCGCCGCGCGCAAUUCCGCGGGCCAGACGCUCAGUGCCGUCCAGUUGCACGUCAAAGAGCCCCGCCUCCGCUUCACGAGGCCACUGCAGGACGUGGAGGGCCGAGAGCAUGGGAUUGUGGUGCUGGAGUGUAAGGUCCCCAACUCCCGCAUCCCUACCGCCUGGUUUCGCGAGGACCAGCGGCUGUUGCCUUGCCGCAAAUACGAGCAGAUCGAGGAGGGCACCGUCCGGCGCCUCAUCAUCCACAGACUGAAGGCAGAUGACGACGGCGUGUACCUGUGCGAGAUGCGGGGCCGGGUGCGCACCGUGGCCAACGUCACAGUCAAAGGACCCAUCCUGAAGCGGCUGCCCCGGAAGCUCGACGUCCUGGAGGGAGAGAACGCGGUGCUGCUGGUGGAAACGCGAGAGGCUGGGGUCGAGGGGCGCUGGAGCCGCGAUGGGGAGGACCUGCCGGCCACCUGCCAGAGCAGCUCUGGCCACAUGCAUGCCCUGGUCCUUCCAGGAGUCACCCGAGAAGAAGCUGGCGAGGUCACCUUUAGCCUGGGCAACUCCCGUACCACCACUCUGCUCAGAGUCAAAUGUGUCAAGCACAACCCCCCGGGGCCCCCCGUGUUGGCAGAGAUGUUCAAGGGCCACAAGAACACGGUCCUGCUGACCUGGAAGCCCCCUGAACCAGCUCCCGAGACCGCCUUCAUCUACCGGCUGGAGCGGCAGGAGGUGGGCUCGGAUGACUGGAUCCAGUGCUUCAGCAUUGAGAAAGCUGGGGCUGUGGAGGUGCCCGGAGACUGCGUGCCCUCCGAGGGUGACUAUCGCUUCCGCAUCUGCACGGUCAGCGAACACGGCCGCAGUCCACACGUUGUGUUCCACGGGUCUGCUCACCUUGUACCUACAGCUCGUCUGGUAGCAGGUCUAGAAGAUGUGCAGGUGUACGAUGGGGAAGAUGCUGUCUUCUCCCUCGAUCUCUCCACCAUCAUUCAGGGCACCUGGUUCCUUAAUGGUGAAGAGCUCAAGAGCAAUGAGCCGGAGGGCCAAGUAGAGCCUGGGGCCCUGCGAUACCGCAUGGAGCAGAAGGGCCUGCAGCACAGACUUAUCCUGCAGGCUGUCAAACACCAGGACAGUGGGGCCCUAGUUGGCUUCAGCUGCCCAGGUGUUCAGGACUCAGCUGCCCUCACCAUCCAAGAGAGCCCAGUGCACAUUCUGAGCCCGCAGGAAAAGGUGUCGCUGACGUUCACAACCGCAGAGCGGGUGGUGCUGACCUGUGAGCUCUCCCGGGUGGACUUCCCGGCAAGCUGGUACAAGGAUGGGCAGAAGGUGGAAGAGAGUGGGUCACUGGUGGUGAAGGCAGAUGGCCGCAAACAUCGCUUGAUCCUGCCGGAGGCCGAGGUCCGGGACAGCGGCGAGUUUGAGUGCAGAACAGAAGGGGUCUCAGCCUUCUUCAGUGUCACCAUCCGAGACCCCCCGGUGCACAUCCUGGACCCCCAGGAGCACGUGUUCGUGCACGCCAUAACCUCUGAGUGCGUCAUGCUGACCUGCGAGGUGGACCGAGAGGACGCCCCUGUGCACUGGUUCAAGGACGGGCAGGAGGUGGAAGAGAGUGACUUUGUGGUGCUGGAGAACGAAGGGCCCCAUCACCGCCUGGUGCUCCCUGCUGCCCAGCCCCCAGACGGGGGCGAGUUUCAGUGCGUCGCUGGAGAUGAGCGCGCCUACUUCACCGUCACCAUCACAGACGUCUCCUCGUGGAUCGUGUACCCCAGUGGCAAAGUGUACGUGGCAGCCGUGCGCCUAGAGCGUGUGGUGCUGACCUGCGAGCUGUGUCGCCCGUGGGCCGAAGUGCGCUGGACGAAGGAUGGGGAAGAGGUGGUGGAGAGUCCAGCGCUGCUCCUGCAGAAAGAGGACACUGUCCGCCGCCUGGUGCUGCCCGCCGUCCAGCUGGAGGACUCUGGCGAGUACUUAUGUGAAAUCGAUGACGAGUCGGCAUCCUUCACCGUCACUGUCACAGAGCCCCCGGUCCACAUCAUAUACCCCCGGGAUGAGGUGACCCUGAUCGCCGUGAGCUUGGAGUGUGUGGUGCUGAUGUGUGAGCUCUCCCGGGAGGACGCCCCCGUGCGCUGGUACAAGGAUGGACUGGAGGUGGAGGAGAGUGACGCUCUGGUGCUGCAACGUGAUGGGCCCUGCCGCCGCCUGGUGCUGCCUGCAGCCCAGCCCGAGGACGGGGGCGAGUUCGUGUGUGACGCUGGAGAUGACUCAGCCUUCUUCACGGUCACCGUCACAGCCCCACCAGAGAGGAUUGUGCACCCAGCGGCCCGCAACCUGGACCUGCAGUUUGGGGCCCCCGGGCGAGUGGAGCUGCGCUGUGAGGUGUCCCCAGCUGGGUCGCAGGUCCGCUGGUACAAGGAUGGGCUGGAAGUGGAAGCAUCAGACAGCCUGCAGCUGGGUGCUGAGGGACCCGUUCGCACCCUAGCCCUGCCCCACGCCCAGCCUGAGGACGCCGGGGAGUACGUGUGCGAGACCCGUGAUGAGGCUGUCACCUUCAAUGUCCGCGUGGCUGAACCCCCAGUCCAGUUCCUGGCCCCAGAAGCAGCCCCCGGUCCACUCCGUGUGGCUCCCGGGGAGCCCGUGGUGCUGAGCUGUGAACUGUCCCGGACUGGCGCCCGUGUCGUCUGGAGCCACAACGGGACGCCUGUGCAGGAGGGGGAUGGCCUGGAGCUGCGUGCUGAGGGUCCCCGACACGUCCUGCGCAUCCUGGCUGCAGACCCCGCCCAGUCAGGCCUCUACACCUGCCAGUGUGGGGCAGCCCCAGGGGCCCCUAGUCUCAGCUUCACUGUGCAAGUGGCUGAACCACCUCCAGUGAAGCUGGUCUCGGAGCUGACUCCGCUAACUGUCCACGAGGGUGACGAUGCCACAUUUCGGUGUGAGGUCUCCCCAGCAGACGCCGAGGUCACCUGGCUGCGCAAUGGGGCCGUUGUCACUCCAGGGCCCCAGCUAGAGAUGGCCCAGAAUGGCCCAAGCCGCACCCUGACCGUGCGCGCCUGCCAGCUGGCCGAUGCGGGGACGGUGACUGCCCGAGCGGGCAGCGCAGCCUCAAGUGCCCGGCUCCACGUGCGAGAAACGGAGCUGCUGUUCCUGCGGAGGCUGCAGGACGUGCGGGCAGAGGAAGGCCAGGACGUGUGCCUGGAAGUGGAGACUGGCCGAGUGGGGGCCGCGGGCGCCGUGCGCUGGGUGCGUGGCGGGGAGCCCUUGCCCUGCGACUCCCGCCUGUCCAUGGCCCAGGACGGCCACGUGCACCGCCUCUUCAUCCACGGCGUCGUCAUGGCCGACCAGGGCACCUACGGCUGUGAGAGCCAGCACGAUCGCACGCUGGCCAGGCUCAGUGUGAGGCCGAGGCAGCUGAGGGUGCUGCAGCCUCUGGAAGAUGUGACCGUCAUCGAGGGGGGCAGCGCCACCUUCCGGCUGGAGCUGUCCCAGGAGGGUGUGGCCGGGGAGUGGGCCCAGGGAGGAGUCCGGCUGCAGCCAGGGCCCAAGUGCCACAUACAUGCAGAGGGUCACACCCACCGCCUGGUGCUCAGUGGCUUGGGCCUGGCCGACUCUGGCUGCGUCUCCUUCACUGCGGAUUCUCUGCGCUCUGCGGCCAGACUCACUGUGAGAGAGGCCCCAGUGACCAUUGUGCGGGGGCUACAGGACCUAGAGGUGACUGAGGGAGACACAGCUACGUUCCAGUGCGAGCUUUCCCAGGCCUUGGCUGAUGUCACCUGGGAGAAGGACGGGGACCCGCUCUCUCCCAGCCCUCGGCUCAAGCUUCAGGCCCUUGGCAGGCGCCGCCUUCUCCAGCUGCGGUGCUGCGGCCCCCUGGACGCCGGAACCUACAGCUGCGCGGUGGGGACCGUCCGCGCCGGGCCUGUCCGCCUGUCCGUGCGCGAGCGCACCGUGGCGGUGCUCUGCGAGCUCAGGUCCGUGCGCGCCCGCGAAGGCGACAGCGCCACGUUCGAGUGCACCGUGUCGGAAGUCGACAUCACCCGGAGGUGGGAGCUCGGAGGCCGCCCGCUGAGACCCGGAGGCCGCGUCCGCAUGCGACAGGAAGGGAAGAAACAUAUUCUGGUGCUGAGCGAACUGCGCGCGGAGGACGCCGGUGAGGUGCGCUUCCAGGCCGGACCCGCCCAGUCGGUGGCUCUGCUGGAGGUGGAGGCACUGCCUCUCCAGAUGUGCCGCCGCCCCCCUCGCGAGAAGUCAGUUCUGGUUGGCCGCCGAGCGGUGCUGGAGGUGACUGUGUCCCGCUCAGGGGGCAGAGUGUGCUGGUUGCGGGAGGGGGUCGAGCUGUAUCCGGGAGACAAGUACGAGCUGCGCAGCCACGGCCCCACCCACAGCCUGGUCAUCCGUGACGUGAGACCGGAGGACCAGGGCACCUACUGCUGCCAGGCCGGUCAGGACAGCGCCUACACUCGGCUGCUGGUAGAGGGGAGCUAGGAGGACCGAACCAGGCCAGGCGGGGCCCUCGGACAGCUUGGAAGGCGCUUGCCCUUUCUCUGGGCAGGGGUGGGAGGCAAGGGAACUGGAGGUGUUGGGAGACAAUAAAAGUGGUACAGUCCUUUCCCUGGCUCUCCGUGUGACGUGGGAAGGCAGAACCUGCCUGGACAUCC